CCAACCUCACACUCACACAAACACAGUUACUGAGACCGCCUCUCAUCUCUCUCUCUGUCUCUCUCUCAAACCCUCCCAUCACCGCUGAUCUCCCUCCUCCUCCGCUGUCUUUGGCGAGAGAGAGCUGUGGUUAGGGUUUCCGAUCCUCGGCGAAAGUGAACUCAGAUCUGCAACGAUCGAGGCCAGAACAAGGCGUCGCCGCUGGUGAACAAGGUGUCUCCAUCACUGUGCUUCUUUCUCUCUGUUCUUGUGCAGAAGUUGCCUUUUUGCAGAAGAUGAGUUUGAUUUCUCAAAACGUGGUUCCUAAAGACCAAACUGAGAAGGUUAAGAGGAAGGCUUCUGUCCAGCCUUCUCUCUUGGAAGCUGACCAAGAGAUUGAAGAUAGAAAAGAGAACAAGUCAGUUGCAUACAAAAAAAAGAAGAGAAAGGAAGAGCGCAAGGAAGAGGACAAGAUGUUGGAAAUUGAGGAGGGAAAAAAAAUGAAGAAGUUGGAAAACUUUUUGUUUGGUUCUUUGUACUCCCCGGUUGAAUUUGGAAAGGAAGAUGAUGAGGAAUUGAGAGAAGAUGGGGUUGACAAAGGUUCUGCUUUGUUCUUUACAGAUAAGUCUGCAAAUAGCAUACUUUCUGUUUAUGAAGAGGAUGCAGAAUUCCAGGAGAGUAGUGAUGGUGAAGAGGAAGCCGGGCAAAGAAAACCCGUAUGGGUGGAUGAUGAAGAAGAAAAGGCCAGUAUAAAUAUAGCUAAAGUCAACAGAUUGAGGAAAUUGAGGAAGGAAGAGGAUGAGAGUGUGAUCUCUGGUUCCGCGUAUGUGUCUAGAUUAAGGGCUCAUCACGUAAAAUUGAACCCUGGAACAGAGUGGGCCCAACUUGAUUCACGACCCAGGAAUUACAGUUCUGAUGAUGAAGAUUCCAAUAUAGAAAAUGGGGCAGCUCACAGUUAUAAUGAUGUUGAAGGUGUCGACGACAUUCUUAGAACAAAUGAGGACCUUGUUGUGAAGAGCAAUGUGAAGCUAUUGCCUGGACUCCUUGAGUACUCAAGAUUAGUAGAUGCAAAUGCAGAUGAUCUUUCCAAUUCUCCAAUAAAUUCAGUUCAGUUCCACAGAAACGCUCAAUUGCUCCUUACUGCUGGAUUAGAUAAAAAGCUGAGAUUUUUUCAGAUAGAUGGCAAAAGGAACACCAAAAUACAAAGCAUUUUUCUAGAUGAUUGUCCCAUUCAGAAGGCGUGUUUCUUACCUGAUGGAUCUCAAGUAAUAGCAUCAGGAAGAAGAAAGUUUUUCUAUAGUUUUGAUCUAGUGAAAGCUACGGUAGAUAAAAUAGGCCCACUAAUUGGCCGAGAAGAGAAGAGCUUGGAAGUUUUUGAGGUUUCACCCGAUUCUAAUACACUUGCUUUUGUGGGGAAUGAAGGGUAUAUUUUGUUAGUUUCAUCCAAAACAAAGGAACUUAUUGGAACAUUGAAAAUGAAUGGGACUGCUCGAUCAUUAGCGUUUGCUAAUGAUGGGCAGCAUUUGCUGAGCUCUGGGGGCGAUGGACAUGUUUACCACUGGGAUUUGAGAACAAGGGCUUGCUUCCACAAGGCUGUUGAUGAAGGUUGCAUACAUGGUUCGGCUCUUUGUACUUCUCCAGACGGAUCUUUGUUUGCAGCGGGUUCAGACAGUGGGAUUGUGAAUGUUUACAACAGAGAAGAGUUUUUAGGGGGAAAGAGAAAGCCAAUCAAGACCAUUGAAAAUCUCACCACAAGUGUGGGUUUUAUGAAAUUCAACAAUGAUGCUCAGAUUUUGGCCAUCAGUUCGAGCAUGAAGAAGAACAGUCUCAAGCUAAUUCACGUUCCAUCAUUUACUGUGUUCUCUAACUGGCCUCCACCAAAUCGGACACUACAUUAUACGUGUUGUUUGGAUUUUAGUCCCGGUGGUGGUUUCAUGGCUGUGGGAAAUGCUGCUGGAAAAGUGUUAUUGUACAAGUUGCAUCAUUAUCAUUAUGCAUAGAGAGCAAAUCUAGCUAAUAUCAGCAAUAUUCUAUUACAGGGAGCUCCCAAGUCAAUGCAGCGUUCCUCUUUCCCAUUGCGGUGUUUCAAGUGGAUGUGAGCUUUUAAGGCAUUCAGUUGCAGAUUGAACACUGCUUCUCUAUUUUGUUUUUGUUUUUUAUAUUUGUCAUGAAUCACAUUUUGUUUUUCAUAAUAUGUUUUGUAGAACGUUUCACAGUUGAACUUCUAGUAUUUUCCUGUAAUUUUGCUGGAUGAUGAUUAAUUUAUGAACUAGCUGGUUGUAGUGAAAGUUUGAUUUGGUCAUCA